AUGAUGUUAAGACAAUCAUUGAAAACAAUCCCUCGUCAAUUGAGAAGAACAAUUACAACUUAUGCCAAACAAGAUCAAUUAUUCAUUCAUCCAAAAUCAUCAAAUAAACAUUUGUUAUCAUUCUCUAAAAAUCCAGAUUCUUUAUCAAUUGGUGAAUUUUAUUCAAAAAAUCCAGAAUCUCCAGACCUGGUAAUAAACUCUGAUAACUUCAUAUCAACAAACCCUGAAUUCUUAAAAUUAUUACAUCAAGUUAUCAAAGAUAAUAUUCAUGAUGAUUUCACUUAUUCAAUAGAAAGUAAUUCUUAUGCUGAUGAACAUUUACCAGUUUAUGAUCUAAGAAAAAUUCCAAAUUAUCAAAGACAACCUGAAAUUGAAGAUGUUUUUGGUUAUGUUAGAGUUGAUUCUGAGGGGGGAAUUAUGAAUGAAACUUAUCAAAUUAAUGAUUUUUAUAAAAUUGUUAAUGUUGAUGGUCCUUUAAAAUUGAGUGAAAAGAUUCAUGAAGAAUUGGUUGGUCAGUUGGAUGGUGGUUAG